GACAUACAACGUGACAGGAAAACAGUGGCGAUUGUGAUUGGCCAAGAGACCAUGUUAGCAGUUUGAGUAGGAAUAGGUAUAUCAUGUAUCAAAAGCAGUUAUUUCUCACGAGAAAUUAAUGCCCGUUUACGCGCGAUGACGGUUUAUACUUCAGUCCUGCCGUGGCGAAUGUGCGUUUUUGUUUAAGAGGAUAGCUGAGCUUGUGUGGUUGUCUAGGAGAAGAUGUCAGCCACGGAAGAAGACAACGAACUGCGGGACUUACUGGUUCAAAAUUUGGAAAACAGCGGCGUCUUAAACAAAAUAAAGGCAGAACUACGUGCUGCUGUUUUUCUAGCUUUGGAAGAGCAAGACAAGACCGAGAAUAAAAUUCCUUUGAUAAAUGAAAGUUUAAAGAAGUUUUUGAAUACUAAAGAUGGGCGUUUGGUGGCCAGUCUUAUCACUGAGUUUUUGGAGUUUUUUAAUCUGGAUUUUACUCUUGCGGUUUUUCGGCCUGAAAUAAAUAUGCUAAAUGGAUUGGAGAGCCGAGAAGUUGUUGCUAGAGAGCUUGGUAUUUCAGAGACAGAUGGAACCAAGGCACCACUCUUGCUGGAAGUACUGAAGAGGGGCCAGCGCAAAGACAAAGACUCCAGUUUUGCUCAGGGUGAUUGCAUUGUCCAUAUUCCAAAGGAGCUCUCACCAAAGCAGAUGACUGAAGCCAGGAGAAUAUUUGAAAAGUAUGAUAAGGAUAAGAAUGGCAAAAUAAAUAAAGAAGAGCUAAGAACAUUGUUUACAGAUCUCUUCCCGCACUUUCACAAGAAUAUGCUGGAGAGGUAUGUUACAGAUGAAUUUCGAGCUGUUGACAAAGACUUUAGUAACUCAAUUGACUUCAUUGAGUUUCUUGGAAUGUAUAAACGAUUUUUCAUCCAGUGUCGAAGUGUGGUUGCAGAAGAUAUCUCUGAAAUAAUUCAAAGUUCUAAUACAUUUCUUGAAGAGAAGCCAAAUAUUUUAUUGUCAACAAGCAAGGCAAACUCUAAGAAGGACGAAGAGGUUUUUGAAGCAAGGGAUAUCGAGAGCCUAAACAAUAUAGACCUAGGAAGUGAUGAUCCAAAACUAGACAUAAAACAAAGCACUAUCAGCAGAAUUCCACUGUUUAAAUCUGGAAUCAAGAACCAUGAUGAUGAUGAUGAUGAUGAUAAUGAUGAUGAUGAAGAUAAAGGUGAUUUGAGAGAUUCCUUCUUUGAUGAUCCUUCUCCUAAGCCUGAAAAAAUAUAUGGACGGAGGGCAGAUUCAGUCAGGCAUUUGGGAAACCUAACAUCACUUUCUGAUGCAUCCUGUUUUAAUUUAGAUAAUGGAACAUUGACUGGAGUUCUUCCUGUAAAUAAGUUUUCUAAAAGUGGUAAUAUAAAUGAGUUCAAGAUGAGUGAAACAAUAACCUCCCUUGAAUUAGGAGAUGAAGAUUAUGAUGAUGAAGAUUUUCACAGCCAUCGAUCAGAAAAAAGUAAAAGUGAGGCAGAGGGGAGUAUUUUAGAAGAGAUUGAAGAGGAUAUUUUUCCUGAUGGUGGUGAUUUCAUAGGAAGUGACAAGUUUGAUGACAUAACAGUGGACUGCAGCAUUUCUCAGCUGAGUGAAGCAGCAGACUACAUGGAGGAGGUUGCUUAGCCCAGGUUGCAGAUCCAUUCAGUCACAGGAUGCUCCUGUAAAAACAGUUUUAGGACGAUCCUUCUAUUUGUACAGUGAACUGGAAGUUGGCAACUCUGCCUCUGCCUGUGCCUUUUGUUACAAAAACACAUACUGAACUGAAACUUGAAAAUAUGUCCUUGAGGCAUUAAAUGCACAUGACUGCAUAGAUGAUAAAUGCUAGAAAAAAAUCUAAGACAUACAGUAUACAGAUAUGUUUAAAUGUUAAGCUGUCUGGGUGUCUUUAAUGUUGUAGAAAGGCAUUGGAUAAGUAAAGGUUUUAUUAAAAUUGUGAUUAAAAUGCUUGAUUCUAUAUAUGUCCUUGAUAAAUGGCAUGUUAGGAGACAGAAGUAUUUGGAAAAAGUUUAGAUAUCUCCCCCUCUAAAUCAGCCAACAAAUUCUCAUUAUCUAGUAGCCAUCCAGGGAGAUGAGAAGGGUUUGGUACAAGUUUGAGUGACCUCAUUCUUCUGUAGUAUUAUAAAUGGUCUUUAUGUGAUGUAAACACUUCUGGGCAGCACUUUACAUGUGCAGCGCAGUACGGUACUACAUUUUGCAGGAGUACACAGUCUUGCAUUAGGCAAGCUAAUUCAUUUUAGUUGGUGUCACAAUAAGGGAUAUUUGAGUUUCAUCAUGCAAACUUGUAAAUUUAACUUUAAACAAUUAGGCCACAGUUACCGCAUUUUGGAUAAUACUCCAGAUCACAUUUUUUUACAAAUGUCACCAUUUUUAUCUUUAUUGCAGUUUUGAUUUAAUCUAUUCUUUUGUUUUGGCUGUGGUAUUUUUUUAUUUAUAUGUUUUCUGAAAACAAUUUAAAUAAAAAUAUUUUUGCUUUCUCAAU